UUCACGGUAACAGGGAGGAGGAAUGCAGAGUGUGCUCGGGGGAGUAAGAACUAUUCACUGAAAGCCCUGGUUUGCUUUUACAAAGAGGCCUUUUGACGAUUUACGUACAUUUCAAAAGUGACAAGCAAGUUGAUCUUCACUACCAGUCAAGCCAGGUCAGAGGCAAGACAAUUGGAGAGAAGACCCGUAUGAGCACCGAACUGGAGGCAGAAUGGAUGUUGGAACAGUGACAAGUUUAUCAAACUUGACUGAUUCCUUCACUCACUUCCCGGCGAGUUACAAAGACCCAAAACUCCUGUACUGUGAAAAUGGAGGGUACUUCAUGCGCAUUCUCCCUGAUGGAACAGUGGAGGGGAUAAUCAACCGCGACGACUUAUACAUUCAGCUUCAGCUACAAGCCGUGAGUCGAGGAGUGGUGACUAUUCAAGGGAUUGAGGCCAGACACUACCUAGCAAUGAGUGAAAAGGGACAGCUUUAUGGUUCGCCAUCUCCAACUGAAGAAUGUUUCUUCCUGGAAACCCUGGAGGAGAACAAUUAUAAUACCUACAAGUCCAAAGAGUACGUGGAAAGGAACUGGUACGUUGCCUUUCGGAAGAAUGGGAAUGCCAAGCCUGGACCUAAAACGGGGCCUAGACAGAAAGCAAUCCUGUUUCUUCCCAUGCAAGUGAUAAGUGGUUAAAAGUAAAACACGACACAGAGCCGUUUCUGAAAGGACUGGAGUAGGAGCCUGAUUGGAUUAGGUAAUCAUUGGUCAACGUCUUCAGAGUGAUCACCACUGGCAAUAAAAUGGGAUCUGAAGAAUAUUUACCCCCUAAUUUCUGCCCAUGUUUUAUUCCUGAUAACACUGACUUUCCCUAGAACCAUGGAGGUUGUAGGGUCAGCAUGCACCUUCUGACUUGUCCACCCCAGAGUGUGAGCCUUGGUAGUGAUCAGCAUUCAAAGGCUCCAGCCUCAAACCAAUCUUGGGCCAACUGGGUAAUGCUUAACACAGGCAUUUAACAGCAGCUCCAUGGAGACUGGAAUCGUGGAUGCAAGUUUGGGAUCACUACUUUUUUACACUCACGCCAGACCAUAGAAGGAUUAUUUGGAUCUUUCCCAACUAAGCCUGGCAGACCAGAGCAGAAACCAGGCACCUCCAACAUUAUGCAUCUUAUUAACAAAUCAAGUGCAUAUCUUCUCAACUACGGAAUGAUGUGGAAUGGGGGACGUUGCCACUACAGACUGAUGUUGAGGGACUGGGCAGUAACAAAGACAUUCCAUAACUGACAUUUAAGGACAAAUUCUCUGAGUUUUCAGCUGUAGUGAAGUAACUGACCUUGUUAUAAGAUUGCUUACACUCACAGUAAUUAAUUUGUAGAGAGAGACACAAAAAACUGGAGUAACUCAGCGGGACAAGCAGCAUUUCUGGGGAGAAGACUUUGAGUUUGAUAAAGGGUCUCAACCCGAAACGUCACCAAUUCCUUCUCUCAAGAGCUGCUGCUGUGUUACUCCAGCUUUUUGUGUCUAUCUUCGGUUUAAAUCAGCAUCUGUUCCUUCCUACACAAUUAAUUUGUAAAUCCAGGUAACUUCAGAACAAUUCCUGGGAUGUUGUAUUAUGGAUUUGAAGAACACAGGCUGACUUUAAACACCGUUAUCUGUAUGUUAAAUAAGUACUGUACUGUUCCUAGAUCUUCAAUCAUUACAGGCAUGUGAGCUUACUUUAAGGAUUCAGAUUUAAAAAACUCACCUCGUAUAUGAAUUUUAAAAUAUUGCUCAUCAGUCAUUUUAUUUCAGAAAUCAUGUACUUUAAACAGCCAAUCUGAAAAAUGACAGAUUAAUGCCACAAAUUCUGCUCGCUAUAUUCUCUGUAUCUUGUAAACAUGCAUUUAUUCAUUAAUAUUUGGAUGAAGUCAUUAAAGAAACAGUGUAAAUCCAAA